AUGUCAGGCGUCCUUUCCCCCUCGCCCGCGAGCGCGCCCCACCCCAUCGUCGCCGUUUCGUCCGGAAGCGACGAAGCGAACGAGGGCAUCGCAGGGCUCCCGAACGACUCGCCCCCUCUCCCUGCGUCCCUCGUCACUCUCCCGACCGAACUGUUGUCGACCAUCCUCUCGCUCGCCAUGGAUCUCCACCUUUGCAGCGACAGAGACAGACUACAAUUUGGCGUGGUCAUGCUGAACAAGCGCGUCUUCGAGGUCGCCUAUCCGAUCUGGUCGCGCAACUUGUGCAUCGAGGCGCUGGAGGACCAGGGCGACACCGUCUUCACAGCUUUGUUCAGCAACCCCACACGUGGUACCGCGGUUGUGCACCUCGCUCCUCAGCUCUCCAGUUGUCUGCCGAACCUCCAAUGCUCGAUGCUCCGGCGCAUGCACGCCCUCACAUACCUCUGCAUCUCGUUCGCAGACAACGAGGACUGCCGAGAAGUCCCUCCUUGCUUCUAUGAUGCUCUAAAGUCCUUCCGCGUGCUUGAGACCCUUUCGCUCACAUUCAUAUCCCGUUACAGGUGGAAAGAGCCGCCCGUCCCGCCUGGCUUUUCCCUCGAGCGCGACCCAAUCGCCCUUCGACGUCUGCGCCUCCGCGUACCUGACGACCCUCACCCGCGCAACUUGCCAGCAAGCUGCUGGUUCCUCGGCGUGUUGACCGCUUUGACGGCAGCCAAUGUUGCGGAGCUGGCAUUUGUCGACCUCGACUACAGCAUUGCAACGGCAGGCGAAGCGCACAGCUUCCGCCUCACGACUGACGUGCUGAAAGGGCUCCAGACGGUCUUGGCAUUCUUUCCCGACCUUCUCCUACUGCGCAUCAGCGGAUUCCCAGCUCCCAUGCGCGCCGGCGAGGAGCUCGAUGCGGUUUCUGCCCAGUCAGCGAUCCUCGAGGCGUGUGGAAAAGGUCGUCUCGAGCCCAGCUUCCGCACACUCGGCAGGUUGCUGCGCCACCUUCGAGGAAUGCCAGUACUGCAGGUCAUCCUUGAACUCGACACGGAGGGGACGAAGAUCCGUUGGAGGAGGCAAAAGCGGGAUGAGGGAUUCGUCGCGGAGGGUUGGACGGAUAUAUAG